AUGAUUAAUUGGGUAUUCAAAGGAAGAGGCUGCUUCUAUAAAGGAAGGAGAUUACAUUUUCGUUGUUUCCAUAAAGAAAAAGAAAAAAUUGAAAAAGAGGAGAAUUCGAUUAUAAAUUAUAGAAUGAUAUUAGGUUUAAAAAAGAUUGAUAUAAAUAAUUUAUCAUCCUUAUGUCGAGAUUUUCAUAAUAUAUUUCGUAUAAAUAAAUAUGAGUUAUUAAAAUAUGCAUAUGAUAUAUUACCAUUUAUAAAAUAUUUAAGAACAAGUGAAAUAGUUAUGAUAUUACAUCAUUAUUCAUAUGUAAAUUAUUCAAAUAUUAAUUUUUAUAAUAAUAUAUGGUUACAAAUAAAAGAUAAAUUACAUGAUAUAGAUUGUAAAGAACUAGCACUUGUUAUUUAUAGUAUGGGAAAAAUAAAAUAUACAAAUAAAGAUAUGAUACUUUUUUUUGAAAAGGAAAUAAAAAAGUGGUUAUUAAAAUUUACUGGAAGGGAUUGUUCUUUAAUAUUAAAGGGAUUACAUAAUAUUCCUAAUAAUAAUAUUAAUAAUAAGAUAUAUGAUUUAAUAUAUGAGCAUAUAUUGAAUAAUAUAGAUGCUUUAAAUAUAUUAGAUAUAUGUAUAAUAUUAAAUACGCACAGUAAAUCAAUAAACAGCAACAACAACAAUAAUAAUAAUAAUAAUAAAAAAUAUAUUAGUGGUAGUAAUCAUAGCAGUAAUAGUAAAAGUAAUGCUAAUCAUAUUAAUCUUCGAUUAUUUGAAGCCCUUUUAAAUAAAUCACUGACAUUUUAUACACAUCUUAAUGAACAGUGUAUAGGAUCCUUACUAUGGAGUAUCAGCAAUGCUGAUAUAAAAGCAGAAAAAUAUUUUUCUUUGUUGGCUCGCAGAUUAAGAAUUAUUAUGAACGAAAAGUUAAUACGUGAUAAUAUAAUUGUAAAUCAAGAUACAAAGGAAGAAGAUAAUAAAAAUAUAAAAUCGAAUCAUCAAAUUGAGAAUGUACUAACAGAUGUACAUAUAUCUCAAUGUGACAAUAAUAAUAAUAAUAAUAAUAAUAUUAUUAAUAAUGAUGAUAACAAUUUUGAUAAUAUUUAUACAAAUAAUUAUGAAGAUGCUAAUUAUCAACUUAAUAAUGAUUCUUAUAAUAACCAUUCAGAUAAUCUCAACUACCAAUGUAAUCCUCUAAAUAAUAAAAAUACUUGUCAUCAUGAAAAUGUUAUUCCUUCUAUUAUUUAUUCCUUUGGAAAACAAAGAGUUUAUAUGAAACAUCAUAUUGAUAUAGACAAAAAUAUAUACAACCAUAUUAUAAAUAAUUAUCCUGUAUAUGAUGAUAUACCUAACAAACCAGUAGAAAAAAUAUACAUGUUUGAUUUUUCUAAAAAAUUCUUAAGAGAUCAAAAUGUUUUUAAUAAUGUUGUAAAUAAUGAACAUGUAAAUAAUGAACAUGUAAAUAAUGAACAUAUAAAUAAUGAACAUAUAAAUAAUAAUAAUAAUAGUAAUAAUAAUUAUUAUUAUAAUAAUUAUAAGAUAAUAAAAAAAUAUAAAAGUAUAAAAAAAAAUAAUAUAUAUUAUCAAGAUAUCAUAUAUAUUAUAAAUAAUUUUUUAAUUCAUUUUUUAAACAAGAUACAUUAUAAUGAUCUUAAGAAUAUAUUAUUUGGUAUAACUAAAAUUGAAAUGUCAAUUAAUAAAAUAUUAUUAAAUAAUAUAUAUGAAUUAAUUACUUUAUAUACACAAAAAGGUUUAUAUAAAAAUUAUGAAGUUAUUAAUUUAUUACGUUCUCUAACAUUAAUACCACAUUUUAAUAAAGAUAUCUGGAUACAUAUCUUAGACUUUUAUAAAAAUAAUUUCCUUACAAAACAAACAAAUAUAAAAAAUCAUUCCUAUUUAUUAUAUAUAUAUUCCUUUGUUCAAAAUCAAUUACAAAAUUAUCCUUUUCAUCAUUUACUUAUUCAACAUAUAAAUAAAAAUUCAAACAUGUUACAAAGAGAUGAUGUUAUAUAUAUAAUCAAGGCCUUUCUCAAUUCGAAUUAUUAUGAUAACCAAUUAGUAAAUAAUAUUUUUAAUUUUAUACAAGCCAAUUUUAAAUUAUUUAAUAUAAUCGAUAUAGUCUAUAUUCUCAAAUACUGUACUAUUCAUAAUCUAAGGAAUACAAAUAUAUUCUCUCUCUUUGCUUUAACUAUAAAGGAGAAAAACAGAAAGGCCCACAACAAUAUUAUAUCUUUAAUAUUGUCUUUUUAUUUGGAGAUGGAUAUAUACCCCAAAAUAAUUGAAGUCCUACUUAUGGAAGUCAAACAAAGCAAAAAUAGAAAUUAUUGCACACAAGAAAUUCAAUGCGAUCAAUAA